CUUCAAAGCCAUCUAGAUCUUCAUUCGUGCAGCACACACUCAGGCGAAGCGCACCCGCGUGGAUCUCCAGCCGGCAUCUUGGUCAAGCGCAGAAAUUCACAGUCACGCUUCGGGCUUGAUAGUGUGCCGAGUUAGGAACGUCUUACGCGUCAUAAUUCAAACUUCAACUCACUGCUUCGCUCCCCUGUUGCCGCGCUUCGCGAAGUAUUCAUGUCUUCCGGAAAGACCCACAAGUUUGAAUCCGUUCCGACGAAGGACCCGGAAGAUGACGGCAACGCAGUACCAGAAACAGACCCGGAUUUUAUGUGCGGCAUCUUUGGAUACAGGCCGCCGUGGCUCCAGCGAUUCGCCAAGGCUUACUACUUCCUCCUUUUCUACUCGCUGUUCGGAAUUUUCCAAGGGGCGCUUAAGGCCUACCUCAACGGCUGCAUUACCACCUUAGAGAAGAAAUUCGGCCUCACGGGCAAGACGUUCGGAGUCAUCCUCAUCGCGGACAACAUAAGCGCGCUCUUCGCCAGCCUGCUCAUCGGCUACUACGCUACGAAGAUCAGCCGGCCAAAGAUAAUCGCUUUCGGGGUUUGGGUCUCCGUGCUGGGAUGCUUCUGCAGCGUGCUGCCGUAUAUCAUCUACGGGCCAGGAUUUAUAAAUCAAGGAGGGCCCACGUCUGGUGCGAAAUCGGACGUCGCGUCGCACAAUUCCAGGGCGCAGCUUAAGUUCUGCACCACGGCAGAAGAGGACUUCAACGAGGGGGCAAGCAGUGUAACCGGCGAGACGCCCGCACCAACGGCCAUUGUAGCCGUGUGCCUGCUAUUUUUGGCCAACUUCCUGAACGGUAUCGGCGGCACGGCUUUCUACAUCUCGGGGGCAACGUACACCGACGACAACGUUAAGAAGAAGAACUCUCCAGUCUACUUCAGCUUGAUCAUGUCUCUGCGUUUGGUCGGACCUAUGCUGGGAUAUGUGUCGGCGUCUGUUUGCCUCAGUAUUUACGAGUCACCAUUUGAAAAACCCGGAAUAACCCGCAAGCACCCUAACUGGAUCGGCGCCUGGUGGCUGGGCUUCGUCAUCUGGGGUGGUGCCAUGGCUCUGAUGUCGCUACCCAUGUCCCUGUUCCCCAAGCACAUUCGGAGGAGUUCUGUGCCCACGAUCACCGAGAACAAAAAGAAUGAACGCAAAUCUCUGGGUGAGAAGAUCGCAAACGAUGCACGAGAUUUCAAGACUGCUGUGAGCCGCCUUUCUAAGAACCCCGUGUUGAUGUGGAAAAUGGCAACGCUUGUUUUCGUCAUCAAUGCCAUCGGUGGCUACGUCAGUAUGUUCCCCAAAUACGUCGAGAACCAGUACCGAGUUUCGGCGUCAAAGGCAAGCCUCUUCACAGGACCCACGAAAGUCUUGGCCAUGAUGGUUGGACUCUUUCUUGGAGGAAUGAUCAUCCGCUUCUGGAAGCCUCGCGCUCGCACGAUAGGCCUGCUGGGAGCCUUCGCCGACUUCAUCAACAUUUCGUUCCUCUUCGCGGGCAUUUUCCUCGGCUGUUCUGGCUGGCAAUUGGCCGGCACACGUCUCGAAAACGACGGGAGGCUGUCCCUGAGCAAUCCGUGCAACGAGUACUGCGACUGCCCUACUGGACGCUUCCAGCCCAUAUGUCACGUCACACAGCGGGCCACGUACUUCUCGCCUUGUGCUGCGGGGUGCCUCGACAAAGGAAACGGUUCCAUGGAGUGCUCCUGCAUAACGGAAGCUAUGGGCACCGACAACGACGCAGCACUACCCAGUAUGGCUAUGGGAUUUUGUGACUUCCCCUGCCAAAACCUAUUCAUUUUAGUAUUCAUCAUCAGCUUGGGAAAGCUGAUAUCGCAGCUUUCUCGGGUAGGAUCGACGCUCAUCACACUCAGGUGUGUUGACCCAGCAGACAAAGGAAUAGCAAUGGGAAUGCUCGCCGCCUGCUUGAACUUCCUAGGGGCCAUUCCGUACCCGCUCAUCUACACGGCCAUCUUUGACGCCACCUGCCUCGUGUGGGAAGACCGCGGUGGUCGCCGGGGCAACUGCUCAUUCUACGACGUCGACAAACUACGCGUCGCCUACCACGCCGUCACGAUCGUCUUCAUGAGUCUCGGGCUGGUGUGCCAGCUCAUCAUGUCCUACUACGCCAAACGCGUCCCCGACAUGUACGGUGAAGCGGAGGUACGCGAAGGAGACGCGGCCGCGUCCAAGUCGGAGAACGGCGCGCUGGAGAUGAACGGUAUCAACGGUGACCUCGUGGGGAAGACGCCGCCGCCGAUUAGCUCUUGAACUACAUCGCACGUUUUACCUCUCGAGUUGUCAGUCGCGUGAGAAAGGUGGAGACGGCUGGCGCGAUACGCAGGUAUACGUCGCGUAUAAGUCGGCGCCGUGGUAGCCCUGCCGGUGGCAUGCGUGGGGCCCGUCAUCUAAACGUUCGCGACCUGAUCACCGUUUCGAAAGUCAUGAAGCAAACAAAGUCGCCGCCCAGUCAUACUUGUGGGGCCAUCGUGUCGUGCCUCAGUCUAGUCUUUGCGGUAUCUGUUACCCUUGCAUCACUACUGCCACAUCACGUAAAGCGUCGGCAACCUUAUCUCGCGUCUAAAGGCUUGAAUAUAGUGAAACUAUGCACUGCUCGCAAGAAGUACCACUUACGACAAUAAAUACCUUUGUCGCUAUUAUG